GGCGUGUCAGACACAUGCCUCCUUAAAGCGGCCGCUGCUCCAGUAAAAAGUCAUAGCCUCCCUGCUGAUUGUGCUGCAAUAAGGGGGCAACUCAGCCUGCAAGUCAGCCCCAAACCUCACCCCUUUCCUCCUGCCAUGUACACCAUCACCAGAGGACCCAGCAAGUUAACCACCCAGAGGAGAACAGGUAACACCCUAUCUGUCUGUGUGUCUGUCUGCUGUGGGAGCCCCCAGAGAUGUCCCCUCUCCAUACUCAAAGUCCAGGAGAUCUGCUUAAUGCACCAUAGGUGCCACUGCCUGAGCUGGCAUUACAGGGGUUAACAGAGCUGGUGUACAGUCUGUGCUGGGAUCCAUGUCCUCCAGAGACUCCCCCACAGCACAUACCUUUUUAUAGAGAUCUGUGCUCCCCACUCUCUCCUGGUACACCUGUCUCUUAAAGGUUAAUGCACAUCAUGUCUCCUAUACUGUGCAAUGUUCUAUAGCUUCCCAUAUGCUGCACAGUCCUCUGUCUCCAACCAGGGCUUUCUGUGCACAAUACAAGUGACAUUGCUCAUACAAUACAAAUUGGUUUUUAUGCGUGUGUUUUUUUUUUUGUUUGUUUUUUUUUUUUUUAGGUCCCAAGCAGCAGAUUGAUACAAAGUUGCAAGAGUUAAAAAGCAAACAGUUACUGAUCUCCAACUCAGCCAGCACCUGCGAGCCACUUCCAAGGUCAGCCUGCCACAAACAAUGUAUCAUUUUACCAUGAAGGGUAGGGGGUGAGGGUCAGGAUAGAGCUUAGUCUGCACCCCUAUAGUGCAGAUUUGGGGUGCUGCUGUACUGGUGGGGGGGCUGUGAAGCUGCAGUGUGACCUUGUGCAGAGGUUAGCAUGUGCACAGUGUCAUUGUCACAUGAUGGGUGCAGAGGGGUGUGUUCUGGCUGAGGGGGAGUGGCCAUUGAUCUGUGAUCUGACUAAUGAUCUCAGGACUUUGUAUAACUCGAUACAAAGUAUGUUUGUUCAAAAUGUUUAUUUAUUAUUAUUAUUUAAAUCCAAUCUUUGUCAGAACUACAACUCCCAUGAUGCUCUGUCAGCUGAUGUCUACCUUUUUGGCCACUCCUAUUCUAGAGCCAGUUCUGUGUAGAUUGGGUAUCUGACUUCAUAGUAACUGUAGUGAUUCUGGCUGAGUGUGAUAGGAGUUGUCGGUACUCCCUUAUACUGCGGCAUGGGUACAGUGCUGGAUGAAGCCGUGUACUUGGUGCUGUAACGCAGACUGCAUUAUUAUUAUUUUUAUUUAUUUUUUUAGUUGACCGUUGUUAUCCCUUCCUCGCGGAAACAAUUCCAUUAAUUUUGAGUCCGGAGCCAGGCUCUGAACAAACAGAACAUUCAUUCUGGCAGCGUGAUCAGACGCAAUUGUCAAACAGGACUAUACAUAGUGACUGUAUACCCCGCAGGGUUCCAAACUGCUCUGUCAUCUUUCUCCCUAGCGAAUACCGAGGUCAAGGCUUUUUCUCUAAAGUGUGACUUGUUUGGAAUUCAAAGGGAGUUUUAAUGAAUAAAUUCCGAUUAUUUCGGUGUAAUUUUGAAAUUUACUGAAAAUGUUUAACUUUAGACACUGGCCCUGUGAGUGGAUCUGCCAUUUAAAUUGCCUGUCCAGUGGUGACGGUGGCCUUCAUUGGUGUGAUCAUCACUUCCUGGUGGUACAUCUCUGAUCUAACACUCCAUGUACUGACCCACCUUUACUGGGUGCAAUAGGUUUAGAGCGGCCAUUUUUUUUUUUUUUUUUUUAAAUUGUGCCCAUCUCCAGUUUAAUGUAAUUUAAUGGAUUUUUGGAUCAACCGCAGAAACAGUUGUGAGACAGGCUGAACUUGAUGAACACUUGUAAUGCUCCUAUAGUAGUUGUACUGUGACUCGAUCCUAUUUCCUAUUCAAUCUCUUUAAAAAUCUGUCUUUGUUUAAUUAUCUUGCUUUACCCGAACAUAAAGUAACUGGAUUAUUCUAGGUGUGUAUUAAAAUACCUGCCGUGCUGUAUUAGAGGCCCCUCCAGUUAACAGGGACUCGCCAGCUUUCUGCACUUACUAUUUUUAUUAUUAUAGCGCCAGCGAAAUUCCGUAGCGCUGUACAAUGGUAUGAACGUGCACAGAGUAUGUCGGGACACAUGGCCUUGGUUUGGCCCAUUGUGUGUCGCUGUCAUGUUUGUCAAAGGAUGUGUGAUGGGCUUUAAUCUCAGCUGCCACUGACCCUGGCUGUCUCCUUGAUCUAGUUCAAAAGCUGCCAUGGUUUUUCCACUGGUGGUGAGCAUCCUUGGUUCUGGCCGUGAGAAAAGGCCAUUAAUAACGGUUCAAUCGUAUCUGUGUGCCUCUCUCUCUCUUGCUGCAUGCCUAGUGAGUCUAGCCGGGGGUGGCCAAAAUGUAGCUCCUAGUUCUCUUAGGACUGCAACUCCUUUAAUGCUUUGCCAGCCUUAAUAUUGUCAAGGGGUAAUGGGACUCGUAAAAAAACUAAACAAAAAAAGAAACACACUAAAGGGAUCUCAUAUCUCAACAUUUCAAACUGAAAAAGGAUGAACACUAAUUUGAUGAGUUGGGGUGCUGGCAGGGGUGAUAUGAGAAAAUUUAGGUUACUUAUAAUGUAACUUGGAACAAUGUAUUUUAAUUUCACAGACACAUCACUGGGAGUAUUAUUAGAGCUCUGCUAUACACUCAGACACACCAACAAUAUGGAGCUCCUAGCAACGAGGGAUAGAGAAGGACAGGGAAAUUUGAACCCAAAAUAGGGACUGUCCCUCCUAAAUAGGGACACCUGGGUGGUAUGAGAUCUAUCUGUGGGCAUUUUCUUUAUUCCUUCAUGUGCUGCAUGUUCACAAGUCUUUAUUAACUGACUGGGGAUGAUGGGUGCUAUAGUUCUGCAACAACCAGAACAUUAGAAUGAUGAAGCAUCAUCACUAGCCUCUCCUCCGUUAGAUGCUCACCCAGUCUCCACUCGUUAAAAAAAAAAAAUCAUUAAAAACCCACUUCUUCAUAAAAGUGUAUCAAAUAAAUUAUUAAUAGCUCCCGACUGAUUCCUCUUCUGCAACUGUCACUAGUCUAAUACUAUCCUUACCUUUUGUGUCAUUUUACCCCACUCCCUCUAGCAUGUAAGCUCAUUGAGCAGGGCCCUCAACCCCUCUGUUCCUGUGUGUCUAACUUGUCUGGUUACAACAACAUGUCUGUUCGUCCACCCAUUGUAAAGCGCUGCAGAAUUUGUUGGCGCUAUAUAAAUAAUAAUAAUGUAAACUGUAGUCAUAAAACAUCUGGGGAUCUACCUUUUUUGGGCAUCCCUGGUUUAUAUGAUCCUUCCCCCAACCCCAUCGUGUUAGAUUUGAGAAUGCUAAACCUCCUAGUAUAUCUAAAUAUAUUGUAUAAUAAACCUGCCGGCAAAUGUAUUAACUUCAUGAGACUAUUCUCUAAACUUGACAUUUUUAUGGAUUAAUUAACCAGGAAAUUACACAUUUUAUAUUUUAAGCUGAGCUGGAGCGUUUUUCACUAGUCUCAGUUUAGUGAAUAUAUCCCUCUGUCAAGAUGUCCGUUUGUUGAGCUCAUGGUUGAUCCUGGAUUAACCAGGUUACAGAGUAGCACUGACUGUCUGGAGAUAAGAUCAAUAGAACUGUAGAGUCAAUGAAUGCACCUCGUGUAAACACUGACGAUGCUGUGUAUAUCUUUCCAUAACCAGUCUGAUAAAUGAGUUCUUCAACUUUUGUAAUUACAUUAUUUAAGGCAUGUAUUCACCUCUUGGACAGGAGUGUUCCUGGAAGCACCCCUUGUCAAACUGAGGGGAGAUAUUUACUAAACUGUGAUCUGACCAGGGAUUUGCCUGUUUUUAGCCCAGAUAGAACAAAUAUAUGCCUAAAACUUGCAAUUCCCAGUUUAGCAAAUAAACUCGUUUGUGGAUUUCUACCUCAAAACUAUGAAGCGGUAAGAGGCAUAACUAGAAACCACGGGGCCCCGGUGCGAAAAUUGCCCUUGGGGCCCCCCUCACACAUGUAGACAAAUAGAGAGAGAUAUAUAUAUUGAAGUGGAAAUCAAAUCAAUUGAUUAUUCUUUGUGUAUCUGCCCCUGACCAAAUUAAUGAAACAGUGCGUGCACGCUCCCUGAAGUAAUUCACACCAGACACAAGUUUCAGGUAGUUGAAUAACUUGAGGAAUGUUUAUUCAGAGGGGACGGCAAGUCCCUUUUUAAAGCAAAAUUACAUCAUAAGCAUUGUCAGAGAUAACAUGGAAUAAUACGGUAUCAAUUGGUUACGUGUUAAGUAGUUAUCUUAGUGCUCUGCCUACUAGAGGUGAUGUCACUGAGACCAUGAGGGUCUCCCCCAGAUCUCAGCGCCAUCUUGUUACACGAGGUAGUUAGUCGAGGUUAUAAGGAGGGAGGGGUUAGAAACUUCUAGCAGCCAUUUUGUCUAAAUAUGCGUGAAUAGCUUAUCUACUGAUUUCAGUGCAAUGGGUAAACAGACAUUUUACUAACUACAAAGUUAUAUGUGUAUAUAUUCAUAUUUUAUUUCCACAACAGUCCCCCCUUAAAAUGGCUAUUUACCAUAACAACUGCAGCUGUCCCUUACUCAUCCCUAGCUGCCUGCAGCUCAUCUGUCUUAACGAGCAUCGAACUCUUUACUCCGUGGGUAACCCGCAGCGGCUAGUCCACCACAUCUCCACACGUGAGACUUGCCCGUAGAGACAGACGCUUUCCCUAUGCUAUCCCUACAGGAGUGCAGUUGCCUGUUUGAAUUGGUGAGGCUGAAGGGGUGUGUGUGGUGCGUCAUAGUCUAGUUCCGUAACAUCCUGAUGUAGGAAGGUAGGAGUUGCGUCAUCUAUAGUCUUACCCACUGCUUUCGUAGGUACCUUUUUGUAUGCAAGGGAACACACAACAGAUUAAGAACAGGAAGAAAAUAAGUACUAUAUAUAUUUUUACAGACACACACUAAGACCAGUGGUGUACCUACCACAGUCACAGGGGCCGCAGCUGCGACCGUAGGCCACCUAGAUGCCGCCUCCUAUGACAGGGGGAACACUGAGGGGCGGCACCCUGCAGUGAGGGGCCCGGUCGCAGCCGCGACCCCUGCGACCGUGGUAGGUAUGCCACUGGAACCAGUACUCCCAGAAUAGGACCCUUAUAUGGAGAGGCUCUUUGAGAUUGAAGUCAAUGGUUAAACUGUUUCCAAAUGUGUUCCGGAUCCUUUCCUAACCAGUGUUCAAAGUUCACCAGAGUCUGUCUGUGGUGAGAGUGCAGCUCAGGCGGCAGCAAGUAAAAGCAACCCUUAGCCUUACAAACUAUCAGAUCAAUGGUUUCCAAAUAAAGGCAUACCCAACUUUACAGCCUCCGUGUACGGGCUCUGUCCUGCUCUAUUGUACAAUGUGUACCUGGUGGACUUUAUUUCAUUGAUGUAAAGGGCCGGGCCUAAGCUUAAUAGCAUGUGAAGUCUUCAUACUAAUUUUGCAGCAUUGAGAAAUUAGAAUUCCCUUCCCAUACAUUCAGGUAUAAUCACUGCACUGUUCCUGUUUUGACCCUAGAUUGGCAUGUUCAUGGCUGUUAAGUUGGCCCUGCCAAGAUCUUCAGUUUGUUACAAAUUGGGGGGAGAAAGAAUGGCAAAAUCUUCCUUGGCUGCUAGGAUGUUUAGACUGUGUUUUUAAUUUCGCUAACAAACUACGCAGUCUAGCACACCGUCAUCUACACAAGUCACCACGGACUUCCGGAGAUUCCUUGAGGUUUGAAUCUACAAAGCUCCACUACCCCUAAAGACUCUUGAGAAAUUUUUUUAAAAUUUUUUUUUUUUUUGUAGUAGUAGUAGUAGAAAAUGUAACAAGAUUGAUUAACAUUAUUGUCUAGAAACACAUAUAACAGCAUAUUUUAUUUAAUCUGACAACUAAAACUGUAAUGUGGUUCGGUAGUGUACUAUAAAAAUUAGAAGCGCUUACGUAUCGGGGCUAGCUAGACUUACUAAGCUUAGUAUCGGCCGAACUGGCAUUGUAGAGUAAUUACUUAGGAUAUGCGCAUGUGGCUAUGCGUGCUAUGUUUUCGCUCUCUGCUGAAAGCACGUGGAGCUGAUUGAUAUUUUAUUUCCCCCCCCCUUUUUGUUGUUCUAGGUACCUUAAUUGUUACAUCAAGGGAGAUAUGUGGUUUCAUAUGAAGUAUUAUGAGGCUUUAGCUUUUAAUUCCUUUAUAUAAUUAGCCACCGGUUUGUGCAGUCUAAGUAAAUAGUGCCGUCAAAUGAUAUGUCCAAGAACCCCAUGUUAGUGUGUGUGUGGUUUUUCCUGAUCUAUCAGGAGUUAGGGCAGGUAGGUGGGCCACGUUAUGAGUGGCUGGUGUGGGCCAUGCCAUGGGUGGGUGUGUUAGGAGGAGGCAAGUUUUGUGCCUUAUUGCGUAUCCCUCUUGGCGGGCUAGGCGUAUCGUGACUUGGAUACUAUGGUGGUACGGUUACCCCCUGUCAGGAGGGGUGCGGUGGUCCUAUGAUGGGUAAUGACACCCUUUGUGACAUUGUGGUAUGGGAGGUCUCCAGAUAAGGCGCUGGGGGUGGUCAGGUUGGCCUAUGUGAUCCGGGUUGAGUGAGGGGGGUCUGUGCGGGCCACGAGAGUAGCUCCUAUUGGUGUUGGCGCGGUGGCUGGGGAGCUUAUUGGGGGGGACGUAUGCGGCCCGUUUUCCCCCCCCCCCCCGGUUAUGUUCACAGUUCUCCAGGAGCUUGUGUGGGGCCCUAGUGGAUGUAAAACAAACAAUGCAGGUAUAGCAGAGCUAAGAGAAGAAAGGUAUGGGACAUGGUAAACUUAAUUAGAGAACAAGAUUAAAGAUGUUAGUCCUCUAUGAGCAAAGUCUUAACUGACAUCAUGUGGUGUGGCUGACUGGGAGAGAUCUGGUUGUGGCUUCUGCGUGAAUGUCCUCUGGGGGGCCUCCUGGGUACGAAGUGGGCUGUGUUCGCCGGGUCCCAGCCAUGCGAUGUGGUUGCCGUUGGUUAAUGAGUUCGGUGGGAGGCCCAGGCUCUCCAGGAUCGCUGCUGCUCCUUCCAAAUCGUGAACUGGGUAGAUGGUUCCGCCAUGGGAGAUUGCCAGCGUGUGUGUUGUCUUCCAUCUGUAGGUGAUGUUGUGCGUCCGGAGCAGCGUCGUGAAGGGCUGCAGGGACUUUCGCCAUGCCAGUGUGCUCCCUGUGAGGUCGGCAAAGAAGGUAAGCGAAGAGUUCUCAAAGUUGUAUGGGGAUUGUCCCCAGAGGGCGCCCAUCACGCACAAUCAGGACCCUGGGAGCAGUGGCCGGGGCUUUGGCGGGUCUGGGGAUCCGGAACGUGCUUUCUAUCAUUAUCGCUUUCGCCUGUCUGGGAGGCAAGAUCGUGCCCAGGAGGCGUCUAAUAAAGUUCGGCAAUUCGGCGUCUGGGAUUGCCUCCACCAGCCCUCUGACCUUGAGAUUUUUGAGUCGUCUGGAGUCUUCCAUUAUUGUGAGUUUCUGUUCUAGGCUGGUCUGUUGAUUUCGGAGGGUCUGCAUCUCUUGUUGCAGGUGCAUAACCUCUCGUUUGGUGUUGUGGGAGUCAGUCUCCAGGGCCCCCAUACGGCCUGUCAGACCUUUGAGGUCUUUGCGUAGUGCUGUAACUUCCGCGUGGAUGUCCCACCGGAGGUCUGCUAGAAGGUCUUGCAUAUCAGCCUUGGUCACAGGCUGCAAGUCCCUCUUUGGCGAGGUUGGUGCUGGCACCUGUCUUGGCCCCUGUGAUGCUGGUAUGAGGAAAUCCGCCAUCUCCGGAGUUUGUUUGUCCGAGAAGUCUGAGCUUUCUUCGAGGUAGGACGCCAUCUUAGAUUGCGAGAUCUCAUGUGCUUGCCGCCACAGGUCCCCAAUGUUCAUGCCCAUUCUAGGCUUGUCUGCCUUUUGUUUUUCGUCCCAUUACGGUGUAUGCUGGUUUAGUGUCCACUUGGCACCGAUUUUGUUUGGGGUAACUUGUUUAUAGCGCGAAAAUUAGGCCUAGUAUUGCAGAGCUCGGCUUAGGUGUGACCACUCCGUUCUAUUGCUUGGCUCCGCCUCCAGAAAUACCUUAAUACCUUCCUUUUUUUUUUUUUUUUUUUGAGUAAUGUUUCUCUCUGUCCCACUGAUGGUGCAGUGGGGAAGUGAAGCAAGUCGUUCUUCAAUGUACCCCUUUGAACAGAUGGAAUCCAGUCAAAUUGACCACAUGCAUUAAUUUUUUUUUUUUUUUUAUCAAAAGCCAUCUCCCGGUCAGCCAAUGCUCUGGGUGACCAUUAAAGUCUCAGUGCUGCACUAUUUUAAUUAUUCCUCUUCUUAUGAAGAACAGAACCCCAAGAUGAAUCAAAAUCUUGGAAGAUCCCAGGGCCAUCCCAAAAAAUGGAACUACUACCCUUUUACUCGCUAGAUACCUGGAAUAUUCCUAUUUAUUAUUAUAGGCUAUGUAAUAGGUAGUACAUUAGUUUUAAUUAAAACUCCAUGAUCAUAAGAUGUGGUCUGUGGCAGGGUUUGUGUGGUUUAACGUUAAACAUUUACCGUAACUGGUCCGAAUCUGUGCGACUUUCCAUAUGUCUCAUAAUUGGGUUUGUUUUUUGUUUGAAUUUUUUUUUUUUUUGUAUAAAUGUAUUUUUUAUUUUUUAUUUUUUUUCUAAGCAAUCAAGUUCCAAAACUUGUCUUCAACCGGGUAAAUGGCAAGCGAAUCCAGGCACAGCUCCCAUCACCGGAGGAGGAGGAGGUCUAUACACCAGAGCACGAAGAGAAUGUCCGCUUUGUUUAUGAGGGUAAGCAUGUCUUAAUCUGGAUUUAUGUCUACUUUGUCCUAUAGAGAGGGAAGACUGGUGAAAAGCUACAAUACAGUAUGUGGGUUUACCAGCCACAACGAGUUAUGUGACCUUUUUGGUCGACCUUGUUCUGCGUUAUUGGAGAAAUGUUAAAAUUUGGCUAUGAUUACAUUUUACAGAGAAUAUGACCAUUUCCUAUAUUUGCAAUGUAGCUUGCUGAAUUUUUGCACAGGUUUAUUUUAUGACCAGAGAAUGUGCUUGUCAUUCCCCCCUUUUGUUUUUUUGUUUUUUUUAAAAGGGUGGGAUAUGAGGCAUGACCAGGCACAGUCACUUCAUAACCUACUGACAUCCCUUUUUUGUGUUGGUCUGAUACAAACAAUAGGUGUAAAUGUAAUACUAUAAUAAAUGCACUUUCUUUAGUUGCUGUGAGUUUUUACUCUUGCACACCAAAAAAUAAAAUAAGCUCGUUCCUGAAUAGGAUUGAUAUUCCGAUAUAGUACUGUAUUUGCCUGUACCUGGCUCCGUCCGAUUAUCAGAACCCCACAGUAAUGUCCUAAUUCUUACUCUCUUGCAGCGUGGCAGGAAGUACAACAGAAACUGGACAAACAGAACGGGGGCUCCACACAACAAUAUCAAGAUCAGAACCCUGAUUCCUCCAUUAAGAGUAAGCCAUACCUCACCCCCUUCCAUGUUUAUUGCACAAGUAGGUGAAGUCCUGCAAUGUGCCGAAUUCACACAAUGCUGUACGGAGGCCUGACUCCAUCUUCUUGUAGUGCUUAUCCAGAAUUACUGCUGUACGUGUCAUGGCUUGGGGUUUCUGGGAAUGUGUAGUUUUUUUGCUUCAGAAAACAAUUUGCCUAUAACGUAAACCCUUACUGUUCCCCUAAAUCUCACAUUCUGGGACAAUCUAAACAUUGUGAUAGAAAAUUCUAGCACAUAUCUGUCAAUUCUAGGUUUGACAAGAACGGAUUUAAGUUCCUGCAGAACUCUGGGCUGGAAUUGCAAAUGAAAGCGAGACUAUUGUGUAGAGUGGUUUUAUAUUAAAAAAACAAAACAAAAAAAACCCUCUAAAUCUAAGAGGAUGAUGUAUUGGAACAUUACAGUAAAGUCUUCAGCACACUAACCUUCUAUCAGAGUUCUGCGAAUUGCAAAGCGGAUUAGUGUCUAGAAUUAUUUAGCUUCUUCCGAUCUCCACAUCACUAUGCAGCUAUUAUGCAAACGAGCUGAAUGAAUUUGCAUGCUUGACUGCAUAGUGACAAAGAAUGGUUUAAACGUUCCCAUUCAUUCCUCCUUCGAUACGGACACACUGUGAACCGUCUAUCCUAAACCCAUAUUUGUGCGGUGUUAUUGGCUUGUUCUGAUUGUCGCAGCAACUCCUGUAACUACUGUUUUUGUUUCUUUUUUAUUUUCAGACUUUGUCCCAAUUGAUCUUGAAGAAUGGUGGGCUGAGAGAUUCCUUGCUAACAUUGAAAACUGUGCUUGAAGAUGUAUGACGUAGUGUUUUUAACAUUUGUUUAAUCUGGAUGCACAAAAUGACUACUCCCACAGGGUUCCAUUCCCCCACUCUUCAAUUGGUCAGAGAGUAUCCACUCUUUCCACCCGUCAGAACCCAAGAGAAAACACUAAAAUGACAUUUAAGCACCUUUGGGUGCUGAAGAACCCCUCCCUCCAACUCUGUUCAACCCUUAAUCUAAAUGAGGAGUCUGAGACAGCAGCUACUUGCUCCUUGUGUGGUGUGUUUUGUCUUUUAUUGCACAAAAGAAAUGGUACUGGUUACUGUUUUAACAAAAUUGAAAAAGGGGGUAAUGCAGAUACAGAGAGCUCAUCUGCAUUCUAUGCAGCCGCAGAGCCAGUUCCUCGUGGGCGUUACCCUGUGUUAUAAAUGACAAGCUGUGAUUUGUUUUCCUUUAUCUGUUGGUCUGUUCAUCACACUAGUAACACAGCAUUGGACAACAGACAUUAUUGCAUCGGGUUUUUUUUUCUUUCCCCUGGCUGCAUUGGUCUCAAUGUGUUGAAUGCAACCCUUUAGACCGGUCUCCACUUUUUACUUUUUUUUAUGUGAGGGGUCUGUACAGAGUGGGAAAUGUCUAUUUUUCUAAAUAAAGUCAGGUUUUUGCCUCAAGCUGUAUAUUUUUGUCGCUAAUAGCAAUAUAAUCUGGAUCUGUACCUUGCUCUGUACAAGACUAUUUGCCUGGCUGUGCAUCAUGGGAAUUGUAGUUUUGCAGAAUCUGUGGAAUGGUCUGUUUUCCUACCAACUCCAUACUUCCCAUAAACCCUCCUGUUUUCAAAGGUGCCCUCUAAGCACCCUACCCAGUGCAGCUCAUUGACUUCUUUCGUUGCCCCGCCUAGGUGGCAUUGAUGGGGUGAGAGCCUUAACGGAGCUCCUAGGUACUAGGAUGAUGGAAUCACACCUGAUAAUUCAGAAGCGGUGCUUUUCCCCUGACAAAAUAGUGAGACAGGAUUCAUAGCAGCAUAACCACUACACUGGAUUCACACGAUCUCACCUGCUCAGCCAAUUUAUUACCUAUAAAAUACAGGUGCUAGCACCCUUAACUUUAUUUUCUAGUAUGUUUCUCACCCUGUUAGAUGUUUAUUAUAAGUAAUAAAUGAGAUGUUAAUGGAAAGUAAAACACAAGGAGACAAUGUGUGUCAAAAAAAGCAGCAUAAAUACAAUUUAUUCAGUAUACAAUCAAAUGCCUGUUUGGAUCAAUCUGUUAAUGCGGUCCAAAGAAGAGAGGAAUCUUUGCAGUGGAUCACAAGCACUCGUGACUUAUCAUUCUCACGCAGGGAACACCUUUUAUCAUUUUAAAGGAACACUUUUUAAAAAAAAAAAUUAUUAUUAUUAGAUGCCUUCCUUCUUUAAAUUAUACAAACAUUAAACUUCCCUGCAAGCCAUACCUGGGACCGUUUCCUUACUGCAAGGUGCUCUGCCUUCAGUAAUAUCAUCAAGCUUGAUUAACUCUGGCCAAUCAGAUGCUUUUUAUAAAGUAACAUUGAUGACACAAGGUGCAUGACGGUUAGCUAGCGACCAGUGUUCGAAUGCUUUGUUUGUCUAAUAGUCACUUAUUGGCGUGGAAACUGCAAAUUGUAAACUGCACCAUUUCUCAGAAACAGAAUUGUUUUCAUGUGCAAGGUUGCAGGGGUGCAUUUAUGUCCCAUAACUACACUGUCCCUUUGAGGGAGGCAGCCCACGCAUGGGUCAUGCAGCAGAUAUCAGUAACAUGAUCAUAUUAUAAAAAGGGAACCCAACACCUAACCAGAGCUAAAUUGGCUGGAUGUUUACAUGGCGUUGUUGGCUCAACGAGGCUAAUCCUUAGCCGUGCCUUCUUUGUGACAUCAUGUCAGCCUUUAAGCAAAUGAAUGGCUACUAGGCCAAACUAUUAAUUUGCAUAAAAGGCUGCAUAUAAUGGGGAUGGAAACGAAAAACUUUAAAUCCUUCUUAUUGUGCAAUGGCCAGUACGGUUAUCACUGUAGAUACAUUGGACUACAUUUCCCUUGAUGCCAUCUGUAAAUACUAUUCUUAGUAUAGUCAACAACUGCUACUGCAUCUGUAGGUUAGCAAUCAUGUCACUGAUAAUUGUAGUGUUUUUCAAGGUACAAUCACCCCUUCCCCGUCCUGGAAAUCAGCUAUAACUUGUGUUUAAAUUAUUUCCUUUUUACAUGUAAAGCCAGAGCAGCCUUUUCUCCUCUGCCUAUGAACAAAUCAUACCAGACUAGAGUUAAAUACAGUAGUGAGGAUUUCUACAUUUAAUUUUCUUUUACAGUUCACGAAUACAUAUAUUUGUUAAAUACGCAGAUGUCAACAUAAUAGAAAUGCUAGAAAUUGAUGGCUGCUCGUCUUUAAAUCACCAAUCUCUGCUGUGAAGGUGCCAAGUUCUCCCAUAUCUGGCAAGGGAACGUGUGCAUUCAUAAAUGACCGCUAUAUUUCAGGCUUUUCGGACUGAGGGGGAAAAUCGCUAUAGGUGCUGGAGACCCCACCUACAGCUUUUGCCACAUCUUGUGCAUUAACUGAGGCUAUAAGGCACUCUAGGAGUUAGAUGAUUGCUGCAUGCACAUCAGAUCAUCGGUGGCAGUAAAGAGCAUGGAUCGCCUUUUAUUUAUAUUAUUUUUUAUCCUUUGCCGCUUUUAAUGACUUCAGAGCUUGAACUCAUUUUCGGGGAGAGAAGUCAUAAAAAAGUUGAAGUUUUAAAAUAAUGUAGGACUGGUAGUUAAUACAAUGCAGGUCAACCCAUCCCUGGCCUAUAUCUGAACCAAUUUCAUGGUUUUAGGACCCUUUUAUUUAGAGAAACUCCUCUGGUCUAUUGAGAGAGUUGGACGGAAUUAAAAAAAAAAUUUUUUUUAUAGAAGAGCAGGAUAAGGGGGAGGCUCAAAUUCCCUUGUAUAUGAUUUAAACUGGCCUUCCACACAAAAGAAGCACAUUUUCACACCAUCCCAAAAGCAGUAAAUAAAAUACAUCUAACAUGAAAACACUCCAUGAUCAUGGUCCCUACUAGACUUGUGCAAAAAAUAUUUGGGGACAAUUUGUCUGAAUCAAAUUAAUUUUAUUCUACACCAGAAUUGAUCACUUGUUCAAUAACUAAGACUCCACGGGUAAAUCCUGCACAAGUGAUUUUGGACAAACCCUUCAAAAAUAGUUUUUUUUUCACGAGUCUAGUUCCUACCAGUGAAUACUAUAUUAUGACUUCAAGAAACCAAGUUUUAGUGGAUUCUAAAUGUUAUCAGCACUCGUUACAAUUCCACAGUAGCAUGAAUGCCAAAACGGGCGACUCCUUUCCAUAUUGACAUGAGAUGUUCAAGAGCUAUCACCAGUAAAACUGACAGGGCAGAGUGACUCCUAUUUUAUAGGUGCACCUUACUUCCCUGGAAAUCCUUACAGGAGAAUUGGAGUAAUUCAAUGAUACGUUAUGGUCUUCUUUUGCAGAAAAAUUAACCUUCAACACAUCCUUAUGUCAACAAAGGUUGGCUUAACUACUGGCCCUUCUCUGAACCCUUACACUAAGCACUGAAUUGUUCUGCACUAUCAAACGAAAUGGAAACAUUAAGGCCAAGAAAAUUUGCCAUCUUACUUAAAAAGUUCUACAUGUUUUCAUUUAGGUUUUUGAGCUAAUGAACCCCUUGGUCACUAGAAGUACCAAAUGCAUGGAGUCAAUAUCAUUGCACCAAAUGGCCCUUUAACUGUACUGUGCAGCGGAGUCCCCGACUGAUGGGAAUUGCUCCUGCCUACUGUUACAUAAUGAAAUGGUCGGACGGCAAUCAGUACACACACACACACACACACACACACACACUAAAUGUCUUUCUGUAGCAGUCACGGGACAAACCCUGAAUUCGUGACUUUCCAGCUGCUGACGGACACCAAUGACUGUGAUCUCUGGCAAGCUGGACAGUUACAUAUUAUCCAACUCUGCCCGGGCAAACAACCAGAAGAAGAGACAGCCCUAAGUAGAUAUGGACGGACGGGCUUGGACGAAGGAAUGACUGUGGACGGGAAAAUACAGCAGGAGUAUUCUUGGGAGAGACACAACAUUUCUGGUGUCAGUAUUAAGUUUAGACCUGGAAAUCUCGAUGUCCACAAUGGGUUUUCCCCACCCAUUAGAACCCACAGUUCCUGAAAGAGCACCUUACACAUCCUGUGCAGUGGAUCUUCUAUACAGUGCCCUCUUCUGGUGGCUGCUGGAAGUGGCUGAAACUCAGGAAAACUUGCUCCAAGGAAAUUUGGCUCACGCAGUAAUCUGCCAGGUCAAACUUCUCCUUGGCUUUCUCUAGAGUUCCGAACACCUGGUAAGAGAGCAGGAUUUAUACAAUAAACAGAGUAUGACAACAUGAGCCAAUAACUGCCUGACAAAAGCACAGAACAUUUCAACAUAAGCUAGGGAGAGGCUGGAUGACAGUGCAGAGCAUUUCAGUAUGAGCUAGGACCAAGCAGGGUGACUGGCAGAGAGAGAAUGCAGAAAACUAAGACUAGCUGGGGACUGGCAGUGAUGGAUUGCAGAGCACUGUAACAUGGGUUGUGAACUGCCAGAACCAGAAUGCAGAGCAUUGUAACAUGAGCUUGGGAUUGUCAGAGCUAUAAUGCAGAGCACUGUAAAAUGAGCUUUGGGUUGGCAGAGCCAGAAUGCAGAGCACUGUGAAAAGAGCUUGGGUUUGGCAGAGCCAGAAUGCAGAGCAUUGUAAGAUGAGCUUAGGACCAGCAGAGUCAGAAUGCAGAGCAUUGUAAGAUGAGCUUGGGACCAGCAGAGCUGUUGUGGUUCCUAAUAAAGUACCUGUCUUGAACCAAGGAAUGCCUGGACCUCUAUUACUUUACAAGCUCAGAAUUGGCCAGAUUAAAAAGUGGAGCAUCUCAUUUUAAACAUUGACCUGCACGAUCACAAUGCAAUUUAUCUAUCUAUCUAUCAUAAACUACGGAUUGUCACAAAUGUUCUUUAACACACUGCAUUUGAAUUAUGAAAGUAAUCAUACACUUCACUUGUUUUGGAGAAUUAAAUAUUUGCUGCCACUUUAAGAAUUUUCAAUAAUGUGGGACAGUUUAUUUGUUCAAUUCAUGAAUGCCAUAGUCUCAUUGGGGCUGUUCAUUUGACACCCCUAUCCAUUAAUGUGACUUGUGUGUGAAUGCCAUGUUAUUUUUUUCCAAAUAUGAACAAAUAAGUGGCACGGGGAGUGUAUGAAUGUUUAAAGAGACAC